AUGCAGACAUCUUCAUCCUCCUCGUCCACUUCGAGGAACGAUACCACUUCUCGAUUUGCCAACGUGGAUCUGGAUGUAGUCGAGAGGAUAAUCGAAAGGGGCAGACACGCGACUACCUUUCUUCAGAUAUACAGACCCUAUGCAGAGGUAUUGCAAGAGUGCGGUAUAUCCGAAACGAAUGAUUCGCUCUAUUAUGGUUUCCUACUCAAGCUUGGAAAUAUCAAAGGACCUACUUGGGCUGAUAAGUGGGAAAUUUGGAAGACCAAUGGAUCAUUCCGAGCGAAUCACUCGAAUUCACAAACAUCUUUGGAGGAGGAGGAAGACGGGGAUACAGAAGAAUAUGAGGUAGACGACCUGAACCAAGAUGACCAUUCAUUCUCACAAUCGCAAUUACCAGGUCUACGAGCAAGAGUACCUUUCUUAGCUUCAGCUUCGUCAGAUAUAGAUGAGGGGUUCGCACCGUCAAAUCAUGAAUAUCAAAACGAAGGUGUGAGCUUCAUCAACCAGCUCAGACCAAGUCCGAGGAAAGAAUUAGAAUUGUCCAAACGAAGAGACCGUAACCGUAGCCUUGGAUAUACACCUGAUCAAUCCUUCAAUGGCGAUAAUCAUACAAAUGAUCUCUUAGAUUUCGAUCCUCCUAUCAGAACUUCAACCCCUAUUGGUCGAUCACCAAAAUAUCAACAGCAUAGCAGUACAAACCCACCUGCAUAUUCCGAUUCUAUCUCAGUAUCAGAUACAAAUCAACUAGUAGAUCAAGCUACAGAAGAUUUCUCUGCUUUAGGUCUUGGGUUCGUCACUCCAAGGCCCAAAAACAAAGGCACAUACUCCCCUGUGAUACUGAACGAACCCGAACGAAGCUGGAUAGAUAGGGUUGAUGAGAUCACUGAGGGUAAGAGAAAGUGCAUGGAAAAGAAGGCAGAUGAUUAUUAUAAUCUCGGAUUGAUGGGUAGAUGUUGGGAUAUGUGGUUUAAGACGUCGGAAUUUUAUCGGGUAACGUACAAGAACAUCCCAAUCGCUCGCGAUAACCUCCUACUUCGUCAAGUAAUUGAGAAAUGGACAAAGGCAGCUCGAUAUCAACUUUCUCUACCUGGAACAGCAGACCAACAUCGUCAAUUACAUCUCAAGUUAUCUGUGAUGCGUAAAUGGGCAGAGAGGAUCAAGGAGAAACGGCUCAGCCUACUUGAGAGCAAAUGGUCGGCAGAGCAAAGGUUAAAGGAGAUCUUUGAGUUAUUCCAGGUAUGGAAAGCUGGGGCGGAGAGAAGAAGAAUGGAAAGGUGGAAAGGUGAUAUGGCACAGAGGGUGUCGCGGUUUGUGAAUGAUCGUGAUACGCGAAUUAUGCGGAACAGCCUCAAGUUCUGGCAAAUUGAAACUCUCGGUAGACAAGUUGCCAGAGAUCGAGAACGACGCUGGAUACAUGGGGUUUUCGGAGAAUGGUAUGAUCAGGCGAAUAGAAAAAUGGAAUUGUCUACCAUACUGGGUGAUAUCGAACAACGCCGCUUGCGAGAGGUUUUUAUCAAAUGGAGAAGAAAGAGUGUACUUCAGCCGAGAGAAGAGAAGAUAAGAAGGGUUCAUGAGAUGGAUUUAGUACAGAGAGUUUGGGAUGAUUGGCGUAUAUCAAGCUGGCAAGCGAAACAAUCAUCAAUUUUCGAUCGCAGACGUUUAUUGUUGAUGGUACUUGAUAGAUGGAGGAUUGCAAGAUCACAUCAACAGAGAAUGGAAAGGAAAGCUCUGAUAUAUGACAAAACCCGUCUUCUGGACAAAGCAUUCAGGCGAUGGAGGAUAGAAUCCUGGGGAAGAUUACUGGUGCAAGCUAAGGAGAAGAGAUCACAGGAGAAAGUUUGGACGAAAUGGAAAGAUAGACGAGAUCAUCUGAAGAGACUAGAAAACGUUGCCGACCAAUUCGAAGAAAAGAACAGAUCCAGCAAUCUCCAAAGGCUCUUCUCACGGUGGCGCUCCGCUGUGGCAGGUCACCAGACUGAUCGACUCCGAGCGACAUUGGUAUACGAACAGAAAAUGCAGGUCAACGUGUUGGCUAAAUGGCAUAGUUCAACUGCUAUUAUCAAGAGCAAUCAGGGCUUAGCAGAUAGGGCUCACGCGUUCUUCUUGCUGAGAACCGCUUUCAAAGCUUGGAGAGCUGAAGAUGCCCGUACGAAAGGUGCAAGAUGGAUUGAGAAGAAGAACCAGGAGAAGGUCUAUGAGGUAUUUACUAAAUGGAAAGUCAUGACUAUCAAGUACAAAGACCUGGGUCGAAGGCAGAUCGUUUUGAAAGAUCAUGCAGACAGGCAAAUCAUGAAAAGAUCGCUGGAGAGAUGGACGAACCGAGUGAUAGAAGUGAAAGAUCGCGAAUUGCGCAUCGCUCGUGCGAGGGACGAUCAAUUCAAAAGUCAAUUACUACAGAGAUGGCGUGAUAGGCUCUCUGUCAUACAGAGUAAUGAGAAGAAAGCGGAUGAUACACUUGAAAUACGUGAACUAGAGAACCUUCGACGAGUAUUCAGAUCUUGGAGAGGCAGAGCGAAGCGACAGAAAAGAUUACGGCUUACAGCUGAGACUUCUCUGAUCGAGCGUGAUCAAAAGUUGGUCAGAAGUGUCUUCGAAAGGUGGUAUGAGAGGAAAAGGGAGAGAGAUCUGGUGGAGAUGGAGAAAGAAGUUGCCUUUUUGCAUGAGAACGUUAUCUUAUACGGAGUUACGGACAGAUGGAAAGCCGGUACAGAGAUCUUACCUGGUAUAACAGCCGAUUCGUUACGUCUCAAAAGGAAAGCUUUGAAUACUUGGUUGGUUGCUUUGGCAAGGAAGAAGAGGGCGGAUGAUAUGCAGAAUGAGCGAGAUCGGAAAUUACUUGCUGAAACCUUUGGAUUGUGGAGAGAUGCUACUGCCCAUAAAGCCGCUUUGAAUGCUAGGAGGAUGAGAGGUAGAUCUAGACCUUCUGCACUAUCAGAUCGGCGAACCUCCCUCAACUUGCCCUUCUCUAGUACAUCAGGCAGUAGAAGGGUUACACCUACCACGACGACAUUUCCAAAUCACGUUAGAAGGGAUGAGGGUCGUCUAUCACCUGGUUUGGGUAUGAGAGACAAUGAGACAGUACAUUCCGAACCUGUUUAUUCGAGAUUAAGAUCUGAAUUAGGUUUAGGAAAGACAAGAAGAAGAAGGAGUAGAGGUGAGAGUGAAGAACCUGAGUCCGGAAUGGGACAGAACGAUUGGAAUGAUCUGUAUAGUCCCAGAAGCGGGAGUGAGAUGAUAAGAGCUUUGAGGGGGAAUAUACCUGGUCGGUAG